AUGAAGCGCAAGUGGCCUCGUAGCUCUUCGCAGUGCCGCCGUGGCCGUCUCAGCCGAGCAAAUGCUGGUGGGCUAGCCAUGCUUGCGGCCACGUGCGAGGGCGUCGUCGCGGUCGUCGCGAUGCGAGCCCUGGAGAGGUGA